AUGGAGAAUAACAUAGUACACAAAUUCUCUCGUUUGUUCCCUUCCUCUUUCUCUUCCUGUCAGUUCCGAAAUCUACCCGAUGUUGUUGAAAACUCUAUUGUUAUCUCCAAAAGUUCCAAUAAUCAUGUUCUUGGAGCUUCAUCUAGAACCCAAUCUUCAAUCAAAACUCAAGAAUCCAAAUCAAACAAGAAUGAUCAUUUGAAAGUUCCAAAAUGUUAUACUAAAACGCAUAUCCAUAAAGAGUCAAAUGUUAUGAAAAGUUCUUCAUCAUGGUUUAGUAGUGAAGGUGGAGAUGAAUUUAGUGGCGAAACAGAAGAUGCUUUAUUUAGCUUGUCUUCUGGUUAUUUUUCCGACAACGAGCCAAAAGAAGGUAAAUGGACGAGUUGGGUCAAACUUGAGCGAGUCAGGGUCAAAUCAAUAAACGGACUUGAGUUUCCCACCUCGAAAACAGAGCAAAACAGAGGGAAAAUCAGCCAGACAAGAUCCGGCGGAAGAACACGCCGGAAAACCAGCCCGGUGGAGAAGUUUGAUUAUUACAGUGAUUCGAACAGUGGUAAUACUCGUCGGAAAACCACCAAGUGUCGCCGGGAAACAGGGAGGAACCACCGGAAAAUCAAGAAGAUGAGUUUGAUUAGCUCUGAUAAAAUUGGUCAGUUUUCAAUUGCUAUUAACGGGAGAAAUGAAGAGAGCAUUGCAGUGGAGAAGAAUACAAGUGAUCCAUACAAUGAUUUCAGGACAUCAGUGGUGGAAAUGAUAGUACAGAAACAAAUAUUUGGAGUUGAGGAUCUUCAGAUGCUUCUGCAUUGUUUUCUACAAUUGAAUUCACCUUCUUUCUACAAGAUUAUUUUUGAGGUUUUCUCAGAGAUUUGUGAACUUUUUCACUAA